GCGUGGUGUGGAGCCCUGGUACAGACAUUGAGCUGGUGAGUAUCGGUCAGUAAGAGAGAGGCAGGGAGAGUGGGGCAUAAAGAGAGGAGAUUUGAAAGAGAGAGACAGACAGGGGCAGAGCAGGGAGAGAAGGGCAAGCAGAGAGGGCAUCUGAGAGAAGAGGGAAAGUGAGCGAGAGGAAAAGAAAAGUCACACAACUGAAGCCGGAAAAGAGUUUCACUCUGUAAAAAAACCAAACAAACAGAGCAGUUAGCACAAAGCCAAAAAACAGCAUGCAGUCUGGGACUGGACACUCAGAAAAAGCUUUGGGGAGCGCAGAGAUGGACGCAUCUUGGGAGCCCACUGAUGGCCCCCAGCCAGGUUCCGAUCUGGGACACGCACCGCACCCCGACCCGCUCCUUAUCUGGGCCCCCACUGGACAGAGACUGCUGUCUGGGCUGCUGGGCCUGAACCUGGUGCUCUUUGGCGCUGCCCUGGUGGUGGGGAAUGCCUUCCACCCGCAGGGCUUGCGACACCAAGAACCCCUGCUGUACCUGCUGGUGCUAAUGGUGCUGAGCAUGGCCUGGAUGCUGUGCUACCUCUUCUGGGGCAGGAGGCUGCCCGGGGCGUCCCCACACAAGGACCACCAUGCAGGGGGUAUCACUGUCACAGUGGUUCUCAUGACCUUUUCUGGAUUCAGUCUCCUGUUGCAUGUGUUCAAAAUGGGCUACAACAUAAUGAUGAUCGACUGUAAGCCAGCCACCAAUGUCAUCUUCCCCUUUAUUGAAGCUCCUUUCCUGGGACUGCAGGCCUAUUUGAUCUGGGCGCACUCCAAGGACUGCAUUCACAAGCACAAGAUUCUCACCAGGUGUGGACUGAUUAUCCUGCUCGCUGCGGACUUACUGCUGUGGCUGAACUCCGUGAGUGAUGACACAGUCCAUCAGGAGAUAGAGAUGGAGAAGGAGGAGGCAGAAGGGAACACCACAGAGAUAGAUUCACCUGAAGACAAACUCAUUUACGCAUUCAAUAACUCAACACAAUGUCAGUGCCGCUUGCACCCCCCCUGCUUAAUGUUCCGGAAGGGCAUCGAGGUCCUCUUCCCCUUCAACAUCGAGUUCUACCUGAUGGCCGGCUGCAUGAUUUACGUUAUGUGGAAGAACGUGGGCCGUGGUAUCGAUCCGGCCGCACAUUCUCACCAGACACAGAAGUUUACGCUCCGCGUCGUCUACACGGGGGGCAUCUUCCUCGGCCUGCUGCUGGGUCUCCUGGUCCUCGUGGUGGGCUUGACCAUCUUCGUCCUGUACCAGGUGUGGGUGAGCCAGGAAGAGCGCCAGCUCACCGCCUUCCUGCUCUUCUACGGCUACCACCUGGUGGUGAUGCCCCUCAUGUCGCUCUGCUCCUUGGCGGGCGUGCUGGUGCACAAGCUGGACAGGCGGGCGCACGAGGACGGGCACAACCCCACGCGCAGCCUGGACGUGAUGCUGCUGGUGGUGACGGCGCUCGGACAGCUGGCGCUCUCCUACUUCUCGCUGGUGGCGGCGCUGGCCGACGGGGUCGGAGACCCCCCUCUCGGAGCGCUGGAUCUGUCGUACUCGCUGCUCAGCCUGCUGGAGCUGGUGCUGCAGAACGUCUUCAUCAUCGAGGGGCUCCACCGGCACCCCAGCCUCAGAAAGGGCAGGGCUAGAGGCAGGAGCCUCAUCUUUAAGAAGAGGAAAACCAGUCAGGAAGUGACAGUGGUAGAUGGACCAGUAGCCCAUUCUCUGGUGGACGAGGGGAAAGCAGCACCAGCACCCCCUAGUGGAGAAGAAUCAAAUAGCAAUCAUAACAUAACCAGGAGGGUGAUCCAAGAGAUCUGCUCCUUUCUCAUUCUCGCCAACAUCAUGCUGUGGGUGAUCCCAGCGUUCGGGGCCCAUCCUCAGUUCAAGAACAACGUGGGGAAGGAGUUCUACGGCUUCACGGCCUGGUUCAUCCUGGUGAACAUGGGCCAGCCGCUAUGCGUCUUCUACCGGAUGCACUCAGUGGGGGCCCUCAUGGAGCUACUAAUCUUGGCCUGAUGCGGAGGAUGCAUUACGCACAGCAACUUUUUGAGCCGUGUUGCUGGGCAGCGCUCCUGAGUAUUGUUGUUUGGGUUCAUUCCUAUUGAUACUGGACAGCAUUUUUUUGUUUUGUUUUUUGUUACUGGAGCCCUUCAAUCAUUUUGGCAAAUUAUCAAGAC